AUGUCCAACAUCGCAGCAAACAGGAACAGCACGCCCGAGGGCUCGAGCUCGCUGCGUCCCCCCGCGGCCCGCGCAUCUCUCGGGGCCAACCACCAUCUCCGCGCUUCUGCCGACAUGGGCGGCUUCUCGUCCCCGCUGGCCAACCGCGGCAUUCGCCCGGCGUCUGAGGUCUACUUUGGCCGCAGCAGCACGCAGUCGGGCAACCCGGACGAGAUGGAGCGCGCCGCCCAGCAGUGGCUCGCCGACAUCGACCAGUACGAGACGACGCUCGAGGAAAUGGCCACGGCCACGCUCGACCAGGACUUCAAGGACGAGCUGAGCGCCAUCGAGCAGUGGUUCCGCGUGCUCAGCGAGGCCGAGAGGACCGCCGCCCUCUAUGCCCUGCUGCAGCAGACCACCCAGGUGCAGAUUCGCUUCUUCAUCCAGGUCCUGCAGCAGAUGUCCAAGAGCCUGCCCAUGUCCGGCGUGCUCUCGCCUGCAAACUUUGGGGAGAAAGGUAAAGCCCCCACCAAGUCUGCCAGAGACGAUAUGCUGACGUGUGCAGACCCCAUGACGCAGAAGCUGAGCGACGCCAUGAGCAAGCUCGGCACGGGCGAGAACCGUCACUCCAUGGGCCUUGGCCGUCCUCCGCCAUCGCCUGGUGCUGGAAAGCGCAACUCGGGCCUAGAUACGACGACGAUCAACCGCAUGUUCCCCGACGCGGCUGCUGCCAUCGCCAAGCAGAAGGCCGAAUUCACCGACAUCACGGGUAUUGCGCCCGCCUCGAACCGCAACAGCACCGUAGGAGACCGCGGCUCUAUGGCCGCGCCUACUAUCUCAGCCCCCGAGGGAGACAACAAGAGGGACAACAGUGCCCCACCUGCCUCGCCAUGGAAUGAGGGCGCCAACCGCCCCAAGUCCUCUGGCCAACAACAGCAGCACACGCCCAUGGGCCAAUUUACUCAGCCCCCACCUUCCGCGGGUCUUCGCUCCCCACGUCUUCCUCUCCAGAACGAAAACAACAAUGUGCAGACUACGACCCUGAACGCCCUAGAGGCAAAUUCGACAAACAUGCCCCUCCUUUCGCCUGCGUAUGCUGGUGGAGGCAGCUGGGCGUCUCAGCUAAGCACUCCCAUGGUUGGAAACUUCAACCAGCCUAACAACCAGGCCGACAUGGUAGCCAAUGCUACCGCCAUGAAGCUUGCUGCCCUCUCUACCGUCAACAACCGCAUUCAGCUGGAUGAUGUGCGCAAAUACCGCCGAGCUCGGUCUUCGGAGGCGCACGGAGCUGGAAAUGGUCCGCUGUCUCCAGGGAUGCCUCACAUGGGCAACACCAACAUUCUCAUGACAAACGAGUUGGGCCAAGUGCUGACGCCUCAGCAGGCUGCUGCCCUGCAGGCACAGCAAUUGGCUGCAAUGACAGGUCGUCGUUCGCGCCCCAGCUCUCCCGGUUUCGCAAUGCAAGGACAGGGCAUGGGAGCGAUGGGCAACUUUGCCUCGCCUCAGGCUAAUGGUUUCUUGUCUGCAGACUACGGUGGCUCCGGCAUGAUGAACAACGGCAUGGGUGCUCUCAAUCUGAAUCAAUUUGCCAUGGCCACUGGUGGACACGACUUCCUGAACGAUCCCUCUCAGAUGGAUCGUGGCCGCUCUCCUCGCGGUCGUCGUGGCAGCUCAAAGCCCCCGGAGGAUCCUACCGACCCCAGCCUUCUCCAGGACAUUCCCAGCUGGCUUCGCAGCCUCCGUCUUCACAAGUACACCGACAAUCUUAAGGACCUGAAAUGGCAAGAGCUUGUCGAGCUCGAUGAUGAGGGUCUUGAGAAGCGCGGCGUCAAUGCUCUUGGUGCGCGCAGAAAGAUGUUGAAGGUUUUCGAGCAGGUCAAGGAAGCAAAAGAAGCCGGCAAGGUGCGAUAG